AUGCUGCUCAUUGCGACAAUUCCUCUGGCAUUUGGGCGUCGUUGUGACGGAAGAAUCGUCGAUGUGACUGACAUCCAGAUUGUGAGGAUGGAAGCGAUGAAAUUGACUGUCAAGAAUGUCAAACGACGCUUUCUUGCCCAGCAUCAAUCUUUUCCACGAUUGGGUCUUUUCCACGAUUGGUCAUAUGCAUGUGAUGGCCUUCUCUAAACAUGCCGUUUUAAAUGUAAAGAGUGCAAUCCUGCAAGAGUCUUCCAAUGUCAUUCAUUGCAAUCUAUUCAAAACAACGUAAAUGGAACAAAUGAAAGCAAUUUAACAUUGGAGAGUAACAGGAGUGUUUCUGAUAAAACUUUUCCGGAGUGCAUUCAUCGUUCUUUGGUCUUUUUGCUUUAGUUAUACCUUCGCUACUGAAGGGGGGAGGGAAUCUUUUUUGUUUCCUACCCAACGACACGGGAGAU